AUGCCUGUCAACACCAUUUCUGUGGGCGCCGCAGUUACGCCUACGGUUAUCCAAACAUACCUCUCGCAUUACCUCAAUCGUCGCCCGCUUGCGCAGAAACCCACGGCGCAUAUCUCUUACCACGAAGGCCUUGAGCUUAUCCGCCGUUUCCUCCACUAUGCUUCCUUCCACACAGUCGACGAACUACAAGCGUUCACGUCACAAUGGGUUCCAGUACCGCGUUGGGUGCACGUAAAUGUAGUGGAAGUCUCGAGCAAUCUGUUGGAGCGCUCAGCACAGCUACUCAAUGCGCAAUUGGGACCCGAAGGCAUCAAGGCCGUAGGAGGAAAGAACUGGUGGCAGUGGAGACGUGAUGGGACGACACUGAAAGCUGAGUGGAUCGAAAUGCGCAAAGACCACGAUGCGAGGAAACAAUUAGCCAUCACUAAAGGCGACCGCAUCAUGCUCUAUGUUCACGGCGGCGCCUACUUCUUUGGCAGUGUCGACGAGCAUCGCUAUCAGAUGCAACGACAUGCGCGCAAGCUCAAGGCCAGAGUGCUGGCGCCCAAGUAUAGACUCGCGCCCCAAUUUCCUUUCCCAUGCGGUCUACAUGACUGUUUGGCGGCCUACCUCUACCUUCUCGAAGAAAAACACGACCCUACGACGAUUAUAUUGGCAGGCGACUCGGCGGGUGGCGGCAUGGUUCUGAGCAUGCUGGUGACACUGCGCGACCAAGGCAUACCACUACCCGCAGGUGCAAUUCUCAUCAGUCCCUGGGUAGACCUGACGCAUAGUUUUCCCAGUCUUGGAGGGGAUGACAAGAUGGAUUACAUUCCCUCACACGGCUUCAUCCACAAGCCGAGUAUGAGCUGGCCACCGCCCAACGCCGAUGAUAUGCUCGAGAUCGAAACUUCAUCCGGCAAGACCACCAGCAAGGAUAGCAACUUAGACAAAAAGGAAGACCGUGCAGCGAAGAAGGAGGCCAAGGCUGAGCGCGUACGAGGAUAUUCAGUCCAGUCAGGAGAUCGCCCACCUCUGGGGGAUAUCGUUGACCCUGCAGCUACCGGGCAAGACGAAGACGUCUGGGUUUCCUCAAAUGGCAAGUAUAGUGUCGGACCGAAGAGUCAAUUAUCCGUACAGCUCGAGGAUGUACGUGUGGAGAUCAAGGACCAGAUCCAGAUGUACGCAGCAAACCACCUAUUGACACAUCCUCUGGUCUCGCCAGUUCUACAACCAACACUCGGCGGCCUGCCCCCUCUACUCAUCCAAACGGGUGGUGGUGAAUUGCUCAGAGACGAGCAAAUCUACCUCGCGCAUAAGGCUGCCCAACCACUGGCAUACAUACCACCCCCGUCCAAUAAUCAGACCGCCGAAUCUAUACAGGCUCAAGCCGCCAGCUACAAGCCCACUAAUGUUCAGCUCCAAGUUUGGGACGAUCUGUGUCACGUUACACCUACACUGAGCUUCACUCGACCAGCAAAGCACAUGUACCGCAGUAUUGCUCAGUUCGGUGCCUGGGCACUUGCGCGGGCUCAGAAGAAGUCCAUCGACAUCCUUGAUGACGAUGACAUUUCCUUCAUGAGCAAGGACUCAAGUACCUCGUCAGAGUCGGAUAAGGCGGGCUCAAGGUCUUCGUCAGAUGAUCCCAAGUCUUCAAACGCGGAGGCCAAACGAUUGAAGGCAGAGAAAAAAGCCACUCGAGAUGCACGUGUGGGUCGAGCUGGUGAUCCCAUCCCACCAUUCUCAAGCCACAUGAUACGCCAACGUAUCGAUCGACACGGUCGUAUUUACGCACUUGCACCCAAAGAAGAGCUUGUGGCUUUGAACAUCCCAAGCAUCGAUGUCGGUGUUCCAAAAACUGGACCUGUCAGCAAAUGGAUGAAAGCGCAAGCUCAGUGGAACAAAAAGUUCUCCAAGCAGAAGAUUAAGAUCCAGAAGCAGCGUAUCAAGGACAUGCAAAAAGGGUUUGAGGGUUUUGAGGGUGAGACGCCACCGCCAACCGCCUUAGCUGGCAGAAGGAUAAAGGGAAUGAAGGCCCAAAAAGCUGCAAAGAGGAGUUGGGGUAUGUCGAUGUGGUCUGGCUGGGGUAGCAAACACGACGAAGCCACUAUCGUACGCGAGAAGAAAGCAGACCAGAACCUCGACACCGAAGUCUCUACUUCCGUUGAAGACCCAGCCCACACCUUGGAUGGCGCCGCAGGCAGCAAAUCUGAACGAAGUCGUGCCACCAGGCUCGCCGCUCCAGAUGUAAAACGAUCCCGCUCACGUUCACGUCACUCGGCCGUGACCGACCAAGGCCAAACUGAAGUACCCAUGGACGACCUCACGAAAAUCGAAUCGAUUGUACCGCAUCCGGGUCUGGCCGACGCAACGACGCUUGCUCCAGAACGCUCUGCGUCGCCUCUUCCAUCUCCUACAAGUGAGCUUGACAGCCCUGGCUUGCCUCCGAACAUCAUCGUUUCAGACAACCCUGGAAAUGAUAGUACUAUUAUCCCGGCGACUGACACGCUGACUACGCGUCCGACGGCGGGCGGUAUCGCGUACCCUUUCAGCCUCAAGGUGGAUGGACCGGAUGGGAAGGAUGUUAAUGCUAGUACGCUUACGCUUGCUAGUGUGAACAUAACUACACCCCCCGCUAUUGACGACGCGCAGAAUGAAGACAAACAGCUCGGCAGUGUGCAGGCGGUGACUGAGACUGUGAAUGAGCAGAUCUUGAAGGAGGAGAGACCACAUGUUGAGCGGUACUUCACUGCUGGCCAGGGCGCUGGGCUCUUUAGCAGUGGUGUUCCUGAGGCGAGGGUUGGAGAAGGAAAGACAGUAGAGAGGCCGGGUGUUGAGAGAUUUGAGACCGCGCAGGACGGUUCGGAAACACUUGCUGCUGGUAACCUCGCAAUGUCAGUCUUCCGCUCCUCAGCCCACGCUCUCAUCACAGGCGGCGCAUCCGGCGUCGGCUACUCCGUCGCCCAACUCUGUUUGAAACACUCAAUGCGUGUCUCCAUCGUUGAUUUCAACCAAUCUUCCCUUGACAUUGCGGGCAAGAGCUUGGAAGGCGAGGUCAAGCUCAUCAAAGCAGACGUAUCUUCACGCCAAGACUGGGCAUCAAUUCGCGAACAAGUUGGCACAGAUGUCGACUUUCUUAUGCUCAAUGCCGGAAUAGGCGGAAGAGGAACAUGGGGCGACGAAGGUUACUUUGACAAGAUCUUGGCGACGAAUCUGGGUGGUGUGGUCAAUGGACUCAACGCAUAUGUUCCUUCAUUCAAAGAAAGAGACGGGAAAGGGCCAUCAGCGAUCGUGAUCACUGGCAGUAAACAGGGUAUCACGAACCCCCCUGGUAACGCCGCAUACAAUGCUAGUAAAGCAGCUGUGAAGACUCUCGCUGAGCAUUUGAGCUACGACUUGAAAGAUACUAGUGUUGGUGUUCAUCUGUUGGUUCCGGGUUGGACGUUUACUGGUCUUUCCGGAAACACACCCGGUUCUGACAAAGCGAAGCCGGAAGGCGCAUGGUCAGCAGACCAAGUUGCAGACUAUAUGUACACCAAGAUGCAGGACAAGAAGUUUUACAUCAUCUGUCCGGACGACCAAGUUACAGAGGAGACAGAUAAGAAGCGUAUGUUAUGGAGUGUGGGAGAUAUCGUCAAUGAAAGGCCGCCAUUAACGAGGUGGAGAGAUGAGUACAAGGAGGAGGCGGAAAAGUGGAUGAAAGGGCAGAAGGUGUAG